CGUCGGCUGGCUGCGAGCGACUCCCCGGCGAUGCCUCACAACUCCAUCAGAUCCGGCCAUGGAGGGCUGAACCAGCUAGGAGGAGCCUUUGUAAAUGGCAGACCCCUGCCAGAAGUGGUCCGCCAGCGCAUCGUAGACCUGGCCCACCAGGGCGUAAGGCCCUGCGACAUCUCUCGCCAGCUCCGUGUCAGCCAUGGCUGCGUCAGCAAGAUCCUUGGCAGGUACUACGAGACUGGCAGCAUCCGGCCUGGAGUGAUAGGGGGCUCCAAGCCCAAGGUGGCCACCCCCAAGGUGGUGGAGAAGAUUGGGGACUACAAACGGCAGAACCCUACCAUGUUUGCCUGGGAGAUCCGAGACCGACUCCUGGCUGAGGGUGUCUGUGACAACGACACUGUGCCCAGUGUCAGCUCCAUCAACAGAAUCAUCCGGACCAAAGUGCAGCAACCAUUCAACCUCCCCAUGGACAGCUGCGUGGCCACUAAGUCCCUGAGCCCAGGGCACACACUGAUCCCCAGUUCAGCGGUAACGCCCCCAGAGUCACCGCAGUCGGAUUCCCUGGGCUCCACCUACUCCAUCAAUGGGCUCCUGGGGAUUGCUCAGCCUGGCAGCGACAGCAAGAGGAAAAUGGAUGACAGUGACCAGGACAGCUGCCGGCUGAGCAUCGACUCGCAGAACAGCAGCAGCGGGCCUCGAAAGCACCUUCGCACCGACGCCUUCAGCCAGCACCACCUCGAGCCGCUCGAGUGCCCAUUUGAGAGGCAGCACUACCCAGAGACCUACGCCUCUCCCAGCCACACCAAAGGCGAACAGGGCCUCUACCCGCUGCCCUUACUCAACAGCACCCUGGACGACGGGAAGACCACCCUGACCCCUUCCAAUACGCCCCUGGGGCGCAACCUCUCGACUCACCAGACCUACCCCGUGGUGGCAGAUCCUCAUUCACCCUUCGCCAUAAAGCAGGAAACCCCCGAGGUGUCCAGUUCUAGCUCCACCCCUUCCUCUUUAUCUAGCUCCGCCUUUUUGGAUCUGCAGCAAGUCGGCGCCGGGGUCCCAGCCGGUGCCUCGGUCCCGCCCUUCAAUGCCUUUCCCCAUGCUGCCUCCGUGUACGGGCAGUUCACGGGCCAGGCCCUCCUCUCAGCUCUGCUGUCCCUGUGCUGGCUCCACCUGCCCCUUCUUCCCCAGGAUCUCCCACUGCCAGCUCUGCAAACCCUUUUCCCCCUCUCAGCCCCACACUGGUGCCGGUGCUGGUGCCAGUGCCAGUGCCGGUGCCAGUGCCAGUGCUGCCUACUCACAGGCCCUCCCCCUGUGCCUCCCGCAGGAAGCGAGUGCUCUGGCAGUGCCUACGGCCACACCCCCUAUUCCUCCUACAGCGAGGCCUGGCGCUUCCCCAACUCCAGCUUGCUGAGUUCCCCAUAUUAUUACAGUUCCACAUCAAGGCCGAGCGCGCCGCCCACCGCCGCCACGGCCUUUGACCAUCUGUAGUUGCCAUGGGGACAGUGGGAGCCACCGAGGAACAGGAGGGCCGGCCUGGGGCCCCAGAGAGUCACACAAAGGAAUCUCUAUUUA